AUGAAUUGUGAUUUGUGAUUAUUUUGAAAAUACUUAAAAUAAAUUAAUAUAAAUUCAGGAAUUAUUUAUAAACAGUUUUAUAUAUAGGGAAUAAUAUAGUUUUUUAAGUUAAACGGUUCUUUUGUUAAAUAAACUUUCCUCUGUAUAAAAAUGUCUCACAACAUAAAGAUUUUGCCCGGUGCAACAGUUUGCGAAGAUUGUACUCUAGAAGGUGAUAUCACCAUUGGUGGUGGCACUGUUAUACAUCCGAGGGUGACAAUUAAAGCUGAAGGAGGCCCUAUUAUCAUAGCAGAGUACUGCAUUAUUGAAGAAUACUCGACCAUUAUACAUAAAAAAAGUGAUAAACAAGAAGCGCCACCAAAACCACUCUUCAUUGGUGCUCAUAAUGUUUUUGAAGUUGGUUGCAAGUUAGAAUCAAUUUUUGGCCACAUUGGAGAAAGCAAUGUCUUUGAAUGUAGAUCAUUUGUUGGUGUUGAUGUCAGGAUUGGAAGCGGAUGUGUUGUUGGUGCAUCAUGUCAACUCAUAGCACCUCAAACAUUAGUUGACAAUACAGUUAUAUGGGGUUCAGAACACCACAUCCGGGAAGCUUUAGAGAAACAACCAUCACAGCUCUUACAGCUUGACUUCCUUAGUAAAGUGAUGCCCAAUUAUCACAGAUUAAGAAAACCUAAUGUUCACAAAAGGCAAUCUUCUUCAAGACAGUCACAGGAACCUGUUAAAUGAGAUGUUUUUAAGUUAAAAAUAAAUAUAUUCUAAAAAUAAUCAAAAGCUUAUAAUAAUUGCUUGGUGAAACAAUAAUAAUAAGUUCACUUGUUUAUUUAACAGAAGCAUUAUUAAACACUCUUAUUGCAAACUUAUGUUUUUAUGUUAAGACUGCAGAUUUAUUUUAUCAUAAAAUAAAGCAUAAAUGAAAUAAA